GAUUAAUUUUCUCAAUAGCCUUGUUAUUGUAGUUUAUUGGAAACGUGCACGGGGAUGAACCUGUUGGGCGUGAGCUUCUAAUGCUUCUAGCUAAUUGGAUUUGUGAUAAUUACUUGAAUGAUCCUUUGGCUACCUUGAUUGUAGACAAUGUACAUCUUCAUAUUCUACCAUCUAUGAAUCCUGAUGGGUUUGAGACGAGGAGACGUGUAAAUGCAAAUAACAUCGAUUUGAAUCGUGAUUUCCCAGAUCAGAAACAAAAGCUAUCAUGAGCUGGAUGGAAGAAAUACAUUUCACGGCAUCUGCUAGCCUGCACGGGGGGGCACUUGUUGCAAAUUUUCCAUGGGAUGGAACUCAAAAUAAAAAGUGAGAUUUUCUAUAUUUAUGUUAUCCGUCUGAAUUAUGGCGAUCCAUCCGGUAAUAUAAUGAACAAUUAAAGGAGAGAACAGCUAUAUGGUGAUCCAUCUGCCUUCAAUGAGUGGCAGAGAAAUAAGUCGCUGCCAUUAUAGCCCAUAGUUGGAGUGGGCAGAGCACUAAGUCCCUGCCUGCUGAUUACAGAUUAAAGAGUGCAAGUUCGUUGUGGACAGAGUGGCAGACCUCACUCGUUGUGGUGGUUUAUUGUAGAACCACAGAGUGGUCUGAAUACAUAUUUUAGUUUCUCAUUUAAAAUUGUAAUUUUGCAGCCAACCAGCCACUAAUAGUGGUUUUGGAUGCAUAUUUUAGUAGUGUUUUUAUCUAAAAAUCACCUCAAGGCAUGAACUCACUUUUUAAAACCCCAUUCGAAUAAAGUCAGAUAGAGGGCGUGUGAGGUGGUGGUUUGAAGUUAUUUAUUAGAACUUAUAAGCUUGUUUUGGUAUGUUUGGAUUGAUUUUUUUCUGGUUGUCCUACGUGGCUAUUUUCUAAUUCUUCGACUUAGAGGUAAUCAUGUCUAUCGCGCCAUUUGCAGGAAAUAUUACUUUGCUUGCCCUGAUGAUGAAACAUUUAGAUACAUGGCAAAUUUAUAUAGUCAUAAUCACCACAACAUGUCGCUAAGCCAGGAGUUUCCCGAAGGAAUUACAAAUGGUGCAUAUUGGUAUCCUAUAUAUGGUGGCAUGCAAGAUUGGAAUUACAUACAUGCAGGUUGUUUCGAAUUGACAUUAGAGAUAAGUGAUGAUAAAUGGCCUAAUGCAACUGAACUUCCCACUCUUUGGGAAUACAAUAAAUUGAGUAUGUUACACCUGGUUGCAAGCGUUGUAAAGUCUGGAAUUCAUGGAAGGAUCUUUUCUUCUGAUAGUGGAAAACCUAUACCUGCUUCAAUAGACAUAAAAGGAAUAAAUUACACGAUAAAAGCUGGUGAAACGUUUGCUAAUUACCACCGCCUGUUAGCCCCAGGUGAAAAUUAUGAAGUGAUAGCAACAAUGACGGGAUACACGCCGAAGAGGACGCAAAUUGUUCUGAAGGAAGAAGCCACGAGUCUCGACUUCAUUCUUGAUCCAGUAAUCGCGGCUAAUGCAGAUGGGUUUUUGCUUAAAAGAUGGGAUUACAGCUUCCUGCGGUGGUGGCAGUCGAACCUUUUUGUCAUUUUGAUUCUAAUAUUGGCCUUUCUCCUCGGCAUCUUUCUGAAGAAGAGCAGAGUGUUGAACCGUUCCAAGCAUAGACCAAACGGAGGAUCCAAAAGGCCUUCCUUAGUAUGAGCAUUUUGAGUUUUCCCCAACCAAAGCUCCAAAAAGUUUGGGUUUUUUUCACCUCACCAUAUGCACAAGAUUUACUACUGGUAUGUGAUGUUAUAUCUUCUACUCCGUCAUUAUUACUCCUUGGCUAUGUACUUUUGUUUUUUGUUCCAAUUUAUUGUACGGACUAUUUGUUUAACUUUCAAAUCAGUCAAAUAAGUAAGGAGUAUUUGU